ACGAUCUACUGUAUUGUGUAUUGUAAUUUGUGAAAAACUACAUUCAUGAUUCAAUUCAAUCGAUAUGGCAGCAAACAAGGAUAGCAGAGGCGAAUGAGCAGAAAUUAUAAAUUGACGGGUUUAGGGAACUCUUGAAAAUUCACGUGAAAAUGAUGAUGACAAACGCUUCCGAAAAUUGGGAUCCAUCUCUGACUCGAUUAUUAACAUCUCUAAGGGAAGUUCAAACAGGAGGUGAAGAUGUAGCAUUUUUGAGUGAACUGUUACAAUCAAAACAACUGCAUGCUCUUGUUCAAGUGCAUAACAAAAUAGUAGCUAAGGGCAAGGAUGACAAAUUUUAUCCUCUGCUUUCUAAUGCAAUGCAAGUUACUCUCGAAGUAUUGGAAAUGUUUGGUGAAUUAAAAUCGGUUUCAAAAGAAUUUCAAGAAAUGUUGAGCCUUCUUCAAAAACCUCAUUUCCAGGCAAUUUUAUGUACACAUGAUGCAGUUGCUCAAAAGGACUAUUACCCUCAUUUACCUGAUGUUCCUAAUGAUGCUGAUGAGGAUGAAGAAACUGUAAAAAUUGUACAGUUAGUUAAAAGUGAUGAGCCAUUAGGUGGAGCUCAGAGUGCAGAGCCUAUAGUGGGUGCAACUAUUAAGACCGAUGAAGAAACUGGCAAAAUUGUGAUAGCUCGAGUAAUGCAUGGCGGAGCUGCCGAUCGAUCAGGUCUCAUUCAUGCCGGUGACGAGGUCAUUGAAGUGAAUGGCAUAAGUGUUGAGAGUAAAACACCCGCUGAUGUCCUCACUAUUCUUCAAAAUUCAGAAGGCACAAUAACAUUCAAGCUAGUUCCAACAUUUGGUAAAGGUGGCUCUAGAGAAUCAAAGGUCAGAGUUCGAGCUCUAUUCAACUAUGAUUCGGCCGAUGAUCCUUAUAUCCCAUGUAAAGAAGCAGGGUUAAAUUUCAAGAAGGGUGAUAUACUCCACAUUGUUUCACAGGAUGAUGCAUACUGGUGGCAAGCCCGACGGGAAGGUGACAAAAUAAUGAGGGCAGGACUUAUACCAUCCAGAGCACUUCAAGAGGGACGAAUUAUACAUGAGAGACAAACAGAACCCCAGACAAUGGAUGGUGAUAAGGCUUCAUUAUGUAGUCCAACAAAUGGUAACACGUAUUGUGCACCAAAAACGCCUUGUACACCGACACCGAACGCGGCGGCCCUAUUACCUUGUAAAUCUACACCCAAAGUAAAGAAAGUAAUAUACGAUAUUAAGGAGAACGACGAUUUUGAUCGCGAAAUAAUUCCGACUUAUGAGGAGGUCGCAAGAUUGUAUCCUAGACCCGGAUUUGUGAGGCCUAUUGUACUUGUUGGUGCGCCUGGGGUUGGUCGCAAUGAGUUGCGAAGGCGGUUGAUCGCGACUGAUCCGGAGAAAUACGUCACUCCUGUUCCAUAUACAUCGCGGGCCCAGAAACAAAGUGAGCAGAAUGGCAAAGAAUAUAUGUUUGUAACUCGAGAAAAAAUGGAACAGGACAUUUCCGAAGGGAAGUUUAUAGAACACGGUGAAUACAAGGGCAACUUAUAUGGUACGUCGGCAGAAAGUGUUGAAACUAUUGUCAAUUCAGGGCGUGUUUGCGUUCUGAGUCCGCACUGGCAAGCGCUGAAAAUGCUGCGUACACCUCAUCUGCGACCCUUUAUUGUAUUUAUAAAACCGCCGCCGUUAGACAGACUCGUGGACACCAGAAAUGCUGCAAAUGCUCGUUCUACUUUUGAUAAGGAAUGCUCCAGAGCUUUUACCGAAGAAGAGUUUCGCGAUAUUAUACGAUCGUCAACACGUAUAAACUUUCUAUACGGCUACAUGUUCGAUGAAGAAAUAGUCAAUGAAGAACUCGCAAGCGCACUCUCACAACUCCUCAAAAUUUCAUGGAGGGUCCAGUCGGAACCCCUGUGGGUCCCAGCGUCUUGGAUCCAAUAGAAUUGAUGAUAUUACGUCUGCUUUGGGUAUGCCUUAUAGCGAAUUUAUUGUUUGUAAUUAUGUAAGCCGAAGAGCCUUUUAUUAAUGUUAACCGUUCAUGGCCAACAUUUGCAACUACGGUAUGAUUAAAAUACGUUCAUUUAUUUAGAUAAAAUGUACUAUUUGUUUCUUAGUGGAAAUGUAUGUCGUACCUGACUGUCAAUAGAUCCUAGUAUUAAUGUACAACCUCAAUGCAACACGCAAAACGCAAAGUUUUAUGUAUAUUUCUUAGCCUAACAAUAGUGUGUACCUUAGGUCUGUUUGUAUUUUUUGUUUCUGUUUGAAUGGUGCAUAAUCUUUUAAGUUACUGAGCCAUGUUGCUAGCUUAAAUCUCAUGGUUAUGCAUUCGUGGUGCCAUUCAGAAUGUUGAGUUUUAAUGAAUCCUGAGUUCCGCUGUAUCGAUAUGGCCAGGAGGUAUUACUUACUAUCGAGUUAACGUUUUGUUCGUCUCUCCAGUUAUUAUUCGAAGGCAUUGUUUAUCUGUUUAAAAUUUAUUAUCACUAAGUAUUAGAAAUGGGUCGCAGCGGAUUUUCGGACAUUUUUCUACUAUGGCGUUUCAUACAUAUGGACAUAUCAUUCGCAGUCUGAUAGCGCAACGGCAUAAUUUUGCUUGAAUACAAUGGAAGCACACUUUUCUCCUCAGUCAAGUCUAAGUGUGCUUUAGAAAAGUGCUCAAAUAAUACGUUAAGGUUAAACAAAAGAUUGUGUGAUUUAUCACCGGUAUGUUUAUUUUAUUUAUAUAAGAUAGGUUGGCAAAGAGCGUAAAUAAUUUAGAAAAAAGAAUAUUUUUCAUUAAAUAUAAUAACUAUCGACAAGUAUUCACAUCCUUUUCUCUCCCGCUUGUAAGAAUGAGACAGAUGAAAGGACCCGACAAGCAUAUAGUCAUAAAUGAAAACUAUAGAGUCGCUCUUUUUUAACAUUGAACAAUAAUUAGCAAUAUUGUAUUUUGUGUACGGAAAAUCAUUGCCGAUAGGGUGCUUUUUUUAAGGCUUAGAACCAUGAUUAGCAAUAUAGUCAUUGCCGGAGAAUAUGAACGGCUUACAAUAACGUGAACAAUUACAAUCUAGUACUAUUUAUAGAGUAUCAUAGACGUAUCGUAACCUAGUGAUAAUUAAUACUUAUUUAAAGCGCAAAUCUGUAAAAGCUAAUCUUUUUCAGUUACAUGAGAUAAUUGAAAGAGAAUUGACGUCAGUUGGUAGCAAGAGAGAGUUGUGAAGAAAUUUAUAAACAAAUCGGGUGUCAUUUGAUCGAAUAAUUUCCUCGAGGCUUAUUUAUAUAUAUCCACUGAAGGAUUUAAGCUCUUACGAAUUAAGAUUAUUAAUUUAUUAUUAAUUAAAUAUAUUAUGAUUAAACUUUUUUAACAUUAAAAGUAUUGAAAGCUCUUUCGAAAGUAGAUAUUUUUUUCUCAAUUUAGUUAAAUUGAGAACACGCAAAAGUCCAAUUAGCCACAUUUAUAAUUUGAUAAAACCUGUCAUACAAUGGUAUUUUUGUGUCCGCUUACACUACAAAUACCAAAAACAUACCCUGGAAAUGAUGUUUAAGUCUGAAAGACAAAAUUUAACAAAAUUUAUUUCAGGGUACUUAAAAUUUUAAUAACUAGUUUCGAGAUUUUUUUUUAUGUAAAUAUAAAUAUUAUAUUUGAAUGUUUGUCUCUCUCAUUAUAGGUUACUUUAACUUAUUAGAUCCAAAUACAUGUUGAGCAUUAAGGAAUAACAAAUAUAAGCACGUACCAAUAAAUAAACGUACAACUUUCGCCUUAUUUAAUAUGAGUGUGAUUUUUUAUUAAAAACGUAUAAAUCUCCGACUGAACAGAUCUCGAUCAGAAAAUAGGGACAGACUGACAAACGUUAAAGUUAUAGCAACCCUCUUUCGUUUGGGGCUUUAAAAAAUACCUAACUGCUACUCCACUGAUGCCACUGUCCAAAUCGGGUUCUAAAUUCAACAAACGUAGCUUAAACUGAAAAAGUGUAUACAUUGCUGACUAUUCAAUAAUAAUAUUUUAAACAACUGGAGUAAAUGCAGUAAUCUAUAGAUAUGGCAUUUGAAGCUUAUUACGGUGUAAUUUGCGGCAUGUGCCAUAUUUCGGCAUAUGUUUUUGUAUGACGUGAAUUGUCUAUAUGUAUAGAACGUCAUUGUGUUUCUAGCAUAAUAUAUUACUAAUCCGUGAGAUGUUUGUGUAAGUCCACAGAGUUUCCAUAGGCAGUAGUGUUAAUGCGCUGUAACAUAUUGGUGGGUUCCUUCAAGAUCUCCACGAUGAUCGGUCCUGCGCUGCCCUCAUCUAAGGUAUUGCGGAUAUCUUGACCAGAUCAUCGGAUCAUCAUAUGGGGUGCCUACCAACACUUAAUAAUUAACAAAAUUUAUUAUUAAGGCAAUUGUUAAAAGGGAAAGUACUUAUAGACAGUUAUAUUAACGCUAAUAUAAGGCUCGGUUUAUGUUCUUUAUAAUAUAGAAUAAGAGACAAAUUAUUUAAAUAAUGCGCUUUAAUCUUUGUAGCAGUACAACACUAAUAGGUGUGUUUGACAAAACGUGUCGGCAGUUUUAUAUUACUUAAUUGUAUAGAAAUAUUUGAGAGCAGGCUCUUGGCAUUGAUUCUAAAAGAAGUACAGAAUGAGGCCACUGAGUUAUUAUAUGGGUAUUAUGUUAUGACACGAUUAACCACAGUGUCCUGCCUAGUAAAUUGUUAUAAAAUCCAUUCGGUGCCUUGAUUGAUAAUAAAUGUUAUGAAAUCUCAAUAUAACCUCCUUGAAACAAGUCAGCUACAGCCUGCUAAAGCAUUGUUAACAAUAUAAUUAUACUAUUAGUUGUAUUAUUAUAGUAAAUAAUACAUUAAACCAAAUAUUAUAUAUGUAGUACUAGUUAUAAUUAAAAUUAAUUUAGAUUUUGUCACUAAUUUUUGUCUAGUCAUGUUAUUAAUAGAUAAUAAAUAAGUAAGUUUGAAAUAGAUGCAACUUGUUAAUAAUGAAACACUUUCGUAUUUAAUAAAAGUCGUCAACUUUGUUCUAAUAAUACAAACCUACACUUAUAAACAUUCUUGAUUUAAUAGUGAUUAAAAAUCUGAACUUAUAUUAAAUGUAUUUAAUAUUUUAUUCCAACUAAGAUAAAUAAUUAAAGAUAUAGGAAGUCUUCUCCUUGAUGUAGAGCCAUUCUUUCAUUCUAUUGCUACCCUUAACUUUCAGAACAAAUUUUGUCCUAGCAAGUGCUGGAAAAAAGUUCUCUUUUAUUUAUGUAUAUGUGUAAGAAAAGUUUACAUGUAAGAAAAUAUAGAUGACAAGUUAAAACGUGUAUAAUUUAAUACUGUAUUAUUCUAGUCAUAUUUACAAGAAUUCCCUGCGCGGUACAUAUCAUUACUUUUUUUAAUUGGUUUCUCGUCAAUAAUAGGACUGUUAGAGUUUUGUAUAACUUCUACCGCGAGAUUUCACUUUCAGUAUGAUUUAGAUUUAAAAAAAGAUUGCUAGAAGAGAAUUGUAUGAGUAUCUCUUUGUGCCAGGCUAUCAUUAUGGUGUUUUCGGAUUGAGUAUUCUGUAUGUAUGUAGUUACGAUCAAGAAUUAUUAUCCACCGCACUUUUUUUUCACCACCAGUUUAAUGUGUUUUCCAUUAUGAAUAUUGUGUGAAAUGAUAAGAAGUUGAAAGUAUAGAGAAAGAGCAAGAUUAAUUGGCACUAGUCACAAACAAGUCACUACAUUAAUUAUUAUUAUGUCUACAUGAACAAAUUUGAUGUUAAAAAAAUGGAUAAACAAGAACAAUUUAAAAACAAUUUUGUUAAAAUGAUACUUAAAUUUCAAAAGGUAAUUGUCAUAAUGAGUAGGUAGAAUGUUAUGUUUAGUAAUAAUGUAACUGGUAGGAAUAAUAUAUUUUUCUUUAUUAAUCUUUAUCAAUCGGUCUAUGUUAGUAUAAUGUAAUUUUACUCUCGUUCAGGUACUGAAUAGAAGCCAAUAAACUGAUCUCGAUAUUGUA